AUGGCCUCACAAUCACACCUCUCCGAGCGCGAAGCUCUCACCAAACGCACCAUCCCCUUCAUGACGCUCGCCCAAGGCGACGACGCCAAAUACACCAUCAACACACCCACCAACAAUCUCACCCGCGACUCAGCAGCCGGCCGCUUCAGCAUAUCCGGCAACGCCAUAAUAACAGGCGGCACCGGAGCAAUCGGCCUCAAAACUGCACGCGCCCUCCUCCAGCACGGCCUAUCGGGCCUCAUGCUGUUCGACCUCAACAUCUCCGCCAGCAAAGACAGCAUCCAAGCCCUGCAGUCAGAAUUCCCCGACACCAAAAUUGAGGCACUCCCCGUGGAUGUCACCGAUGAAAACCAAGUAUCUACCUCUGUCGCCGAGACCGUCACCCGCCUCGGCUCCGUUGACAUACUCAUCUGCUUCGCCGGCAUCGUGGGCUGCGAACACGCCCUCGACAUGCCGGCGUCGCAGUUCCGCAAAAUCAUCGACGUCAACACCACGGGCACGUUUCUAUGCGCCCAAGCCGCAGCCCGUCAAAUGGUCAAGCAAGGUACGGGAGGGAGGAUUGUGCUCACCGCGUCUAUUUCAGCGCACAGGGUCAACUAUCCCCAGCCGCAGGUUGCGUAUAACGUGAGCAAGGCGGCGGUUGUGAUGCUCAAGAGCUCGCUGGCGGCGGAGUGGGCGAGAUAUGGGAUCACGGUGAAUAGCGUGAGCCCCGGGUACAUGGAUACGGUGCUGAAUGAGGGUGAUGGGCUGGCGGACGCGAGGAGGUCGUGGUGUGAGAGGAAUCCGUUUGGGAGGAUGGGAUUGCCGGAGGAGGUGGCGGGCGUGGUGGUCAUGUUGGUGAGCAGGGCGGGCUCUUAUAUGAAUGGGGCGGAUAUCAUUUGCGAUGGGGGCGGCGUGGUGUUUUGA